UUGUGUCGGCUAACGUUACCUUCCCUCUGCUAACGUUACGCUCCCAAAAGAAAUGUUGAUCAUCAGCAAUUCAUUUAAUUAACCUGAACGUUUUGUUUUGUUUACAAGCUUUUCACACGUCAGAUGCCAAAUGUGAAUGCCAAGGAAUCUACUUCUCCACCCAACGGUGGAAAUGUAGACGAACCCUAUAAAACCCCUUCACCAGUGUAUAAAUCAUCCAGUAACCAGAAGAUUAAUCUACUUGAUGGAAGUGAUUUAAAGACUCUACAUGAUGUGAAUCCAGAUGGCCAACAACUGGAUCCUUCAGCACAAACAGACUGUAAUGCGAAAGAAAGAUGUCCCACAAGCCAAAUCGACAGGGAGCGGAUCAUUAAAGAGUUGGGUGUCACUAGUUCUGCAUUUAUCGGACCUGCGUGCCGUCCCGAUCCAUCCAUCGAAAAGGAGCUUUCAGAGUUUUACAAAGAGCUUGAUGAGGUAGACCAAGAACAAGUCAGUGAUGAAACUGACACCAAACCUGCUGGUGUUUGUCCACCUGAAAGUGGCCUACAAACCCAUAUGAACAUUCCUGUUGUGAUAACAGAUCACAGUAGAUCCUAUAGACCCUACCCAGAUCCAUACGAGCGCAGCCAAAGAGAUCCAAAAAGAUGGAAACCUCGAUUAUUUCAGGAGCCGUGGUAUGCUUCUCCACCUCCUCCUCUUCCACCUCCACCAUGGGUUCCUCCAGACCCAAGGGUUCAUUUCUUUCCUCCCCCGACCUCUGGAGUCCCCGAAAUGUAUCCUCCAGACAUGGCGAAACCUCGGGAGGAUUUCCACAGUCUUCAUGCUUGCAAUAACAACAGCUGGGGCCCAUGGCGAGGGCCUCCGGUGCCUCCAGACAGAUGGUACGAGCCGAGGGGUUUCCAGUCACAUGAGCGUCCCGGAUUCUCUGAGGAGCAUCAGACACCUUUAGCACACUGGCAGCGGUGUGAUUAUCAAAACGAACAAUAUCAGCAGUAUGAAAUUAAUAAUGCUUUGGUGCUCGUAUUGUUGAGAGGAGUCCCGGGAUCUGGGAAAUCCACUCUGGCCAGAGAGCUCCUGUCCACUGGUCCCAAUGGAGUUAUACUGAGCACAGAUGACUACUUUUUCCAAGACAACAGAUAUGCAUUUGAUUCUGCUCUCCUCGGGGAUGCACACGACUGGAAUCAGAAGAGAGCUGAACAGGCGAUACUGGAUGGCUGCUCACCUGUAAUAAUCGACAACACCAAUGUGAAAGCCUGGGAAAUGAAGCCUUAUGUUGAAUUGGCUAUAGAGAACGGAUACAGAGUGGACUUUCUUGAGCCAGAUACCCGCUGGAAAUAUGAUCCCGCCCAGUUGGAAAAGAGGAACAAGCACGGCGUCCCUCGAGAGACGAUAGCAAAGAUGCUGGAUGGUUUCGAGCGGCCAAUGAAUGUUGAUAUCGUGAUGAAUUCUGUCGUGCCUCCGCAUAAAAACAAACCCCAUUAACACAGAACUGAUGAUAUUUAGCUUUUAUUAAAAUACACACAUCGCUAGCAUUUUUCAACUGCAUUUUAAUACAUGUUGAUGCAGCGAAAGUUGUUUCAAUGACAAUGAAAUAGCAAAAAUAUUUCAAAAAUCUUCUGUUUAAUGUUCAUUGUAAUCAUUACACUUUCUUUUAUAUUUCCUGUACUCUUCGUUUGCAUAUAAAAAUUAUCGUUUUGUUUGUAAUAUAUCAUGAAAAAUCUAAACCGUCCACAUUAAUGAGUGUGGAACAUUGGUAGAAUAAGAGUUUGAUAAAGCGUUUGACUUUUAGACAGGCAUGUAAUGUACACUGUGUGCUGAAAUUACUGAUUUAUUCUCUAAGACUAGAUGGAAGAAACUCCCAUCUGUAGUGCCAUGCUGAAUUAAGGAUCUUGAGCUGUAUUUUAAGCAUUGUGUUUUGUUUGUUUAUUUUGAAAGGACUAUAUGCUAAUCUAAUCUCAGGGUUUGUAUUUUAUACAUAUUGCUGGUGCUGUAUGUUGUUGAUGGCUCAUGUGGAGAACAUGACACUUUGUAUUAAUUACAGGUUAUUUUUGUAAAUAAAUGUGUUUUUUAUGAUG